GAUCAUGAAGACUCUAAUUGUGCUAUGUUCUUUGGUAACGAUAACGGUAGCGGUACCAACGCUAUCUCGAGGGAAUUUUAAUAAUUAUGAAACUGUAAUUGAAGAUUUUCCUGAGAAAAUCAUACGGGAGAAAAAGUCACCUCUGCACGAUUCUCCCCAAGACCUGACAGUUAACGAUGGCAAGGAAAUUUCACAAGAACGUAUCAAUCAGAAGACAGAAACAUCAACCUUAGAAAAAUCUAAAGUUGGUUUUAGUAAGCCGAUAAUUAUAAAGAAAAAAUUGGGAUAUCAUGUUUACCGGGAUUCUGAUGAAGAAAUGGCUCAUGCUGAUCCCAAUGAAAAUUGUAGAAAGCAAUUUAAAGUGAAACUAUGUGACAAUGAACCUUUAUUGAAUUCUCAUUCUAAUAAUGUUAUAACAUCGGAACAUCCGCAUGAAAAUAUUUCAGAUAAAGAAAUGGAAAAAAGCAUAAAAAUGGCGAAAGAUGCUGUGGAAAAAUUACAAAGAGAUCUAUUUAAAAUGGAACAAAAUAAAGGAAAGUUUAGUAAUUCUAAGGAAAAUUUAGAAUCAGAUAUGGUAUUGCAACAAGAUAUUGAAACGGCAAAAAGUGCUUUAGAACAUAUUCAAAAUAGCAUUGGUAAUUUUGAAUCAAUAGAUUUUCAAGCAAGUGAUCCAAAAGCAGAAGAAAGCCAAUUGCCAAAAUCUAGCGAUGCAAAAGCAAUAACUGAAUGGAAAGAAACUAUAGGAAAUAUUUACAAAAGUGUUGAGAUUCCGAGAAAUAUCGAAGAUGCCUUCAAAAAUGAAAAACAAAAUGUAAUUAAAUCUGACAAUAUUAACGUUCCGGAAAUGAGAGAAAAUCAAAUAUUAGAUGAUCAGCGAAAAGAUCAGAUUAGUAUACAAUCUAUGAAGGCAGUAAACGAAGAAAACAAUACAAAGCUUAAUUUAAAAUCAAAAGACGACCAAAAUACAAAUGCAGAGCAUGACAUGUUUGUUUCAACAACAGAUCAUAAAGAAUCAAUAAUGAAACUACACAGUGAUAGUUUAACACGCGAUUCAGAUGUCUUCACAAAUGAUUCAAAUUUUGAAAAUGAGAAAAAGAUACAUAUGCUAAUGCCAAAGCCUGAAGAGGAAGACGAAAAUGACAAAGACAUGUCAGCAAGGCAACAUAAUGAUGAAAUUUUUUUUAAGACUGCAGUACAAGUAGAAAAAAACCUUUUUAAUACAUUAACGAAGAAUAGUGACAUAAAUGAAAUAAUUAAUGAAAAAACGGAAACACGGCCGCUGGUAAGUAAAAAUCUAUCGUCUGAACAAAAAACGGACUCAAUUAAGUCCGAAGGGGAAUUUGCUAACGCUAAACAAACUUUGAGCGAAGCCUUAGAUGUAAGUGGGACAGAACAAAAAAAUAUUGAGCAUCUGAAACACAGAUUUUCAGACGACGAUAAUAGACAUUCCAGUGAUGUAAAAAUGACCUUACUAAAACCAGUACAAAUGAAAGAUUCUCCAAAUGUGUUAGAUAAUAAUUCAUCACCCCAAAAAAAUAUUGAUAUCCCAGAUAAUAAGUUUCUUGAUAAAGCUGAUGUAACUGAUACAUUUAAUGCACGUGUAUCUCAUGAACAACUUGAGAAUAUUCAACAAUCUUUGCCGUCUAUACCAGCUCAUAAGUCAGCAGAAAAUUGUAAUGCAGACCAUAUAUCCAAUGAGUUUUCGAAAACGCAAACGACUGACAGUCAUAACAUAGAUAAUUUGCUUAAUGAAAAUCACGAAACGCAAGAUUUUCCUUCAAAGCACUUGACUCAACAAACAGAACAAAAAGAUCAAUUGCUGCAAGCUUCAAAAUCCCAUCUCCAAAAUACGCAAUUACCAACUAUGAAUAUAGAAGACCAUUUGAAUGAACGCAAUAACUUUAAUGAGCUACCUUUUAUGAAUUUCGCUGAAGAGAAAUAUUUGAAUGAAAAUGUACCGCAGCAUAUAAAAUCAUUUUCGGAAUCAAAUAAUGUACACAGCAUUACUCCAUCAACCAAAACUAACGAAUUUAGAAAUCAACAAAUGGCGAAUGAAUAUAUGAAAUAUUUGAAUGAAAAUGUACCGCAGCAUAUAAAAUCAUUUUCGGAAUCAAAUAAUGUACACAGCAUUACUCCAUCAACCAAAACUAACGAAUUUAGAAAUCAACAAAUGGCGAAUGAAUAUUUGAAUGAAAAUGUACCGCAGCAUAUAAAAUCAUUUUCGGAAUCAAAUAAUGUACACAGCAUUACUCCAUCAACCAAAACUAACGAAUUUAGAAAUCAACAAAUGGCGAAUGAAUAUAUGAAAUAUUUGAAUGAAAAUGUACCGCAGCAUAUAAAAUCAUUUUCGGAAUCAAAUAAUGUACACAGCAUUACUCCAUCAACCAAAACUAACGAAUUUAGAAAUCAACAAAUGGCGAAUGAAUAUAUGAAGGCACGCAUGCACCAAAUUCAUAACAUGGAACAACAAUUACGCGAAAACCAUAGAUUCGACGAUUUUAUUUCAAUGCCAUCAGCUUCUAGGAAACAACAUAUCGAUAAUUUGUCAGAACAAUUUAAAAGUGAAGCAGAAUUUCACAAUGAUCAGCUCUUACCUGCUUUCUCAAAAACCAAUGGAUUAAGAAACGGACAAACCGAUCUCAAUAGACAUACAAGUAUGCAUCUAAUAGAAGACCAUAAUCUAGGACAUGAGCUAUCUGAUACUCAACAUUUAAAUGACCCAUUUUUGUUACGUUGGGCUCAAGAAAAACAACAAAAUGACAAUUUAGCACAAACAUUUGAUGGUGCCACGGAACUUAAUCGCGAGUCACAUAUGAGUGAUCAUUUACUUGAGCACAUGCCCACUAAUAGAUUUAGUAAUAAUUUUGAAGAUAACACUCACGAUGUAUUUCCUAUGAGGCCAAGAAUGCAUGAACAUUUACAUAUGAUGAAACAUCCUAAAACAUAUGACAUGGAUAGUUCAAUGCAGCAAAGCAUGCAUAUUGGUAUGAGAGACAGUAAUAUACCAUUGGACCAUCAUCAUCACCAUCAUAAUCAUGGUUUGGCGAGAUCAAGCUAUUCACCAAGUCUACCUAUCGGUAAUUCUAGUCCGGGAGCUGUAGGUGUAUUCUCUGAGGCAAAUACUGGUUGUGGUAUACCAUUAUUGUUGAGCUGUUCCCCAUCUGUUGUUUCCGGAAGUUUAGCAAAAGCACAGCCAACAGGAAUAUCAUCACCAGCGUACAGAUCAGGAGAUGAAUUAAUGUACUACAUGAAACGUGAUGCUAAUGAUAUUGAAGGUCUAAAAAAUGUUAAAGUACAUAAGCCAUCGAAAUCUUUCAACCGUUAAACGAAAUUGACCUUUAUUUAAUGACAGGGUCUAUAAAUUUAGUAAAAAAUAAGAUGCAGAGUUAAGCAAUACAGCGUUUGUAUAACGAAAUUUGUAUUUCUCAUAAUAGUUUUAGUACUAAAUGCAUCACAAAUGCUUAAUAAAAUUAUAACUAUACACGA